UACAAAGGUGAAAACCAGCAGAGAGUUCAAUAUCCAGUCUCCAAUCUCCCUUUUUUGAGGGAGAAAGUAGUCGGCCGUCAGUCAGUCAGUUCUCAAUUCGUGGGUAGGAAGGAGCGAGCAGAGUUCAGUCUCGAAAAAAUCAGGAUGUCAAGAUUUUAAUUUUGAGUUUCUCAAAAUAUUUUCUAAAUUCGUAGUCGGGGCAGCUCCCCCCACAGUAAAUCCCCACCAGAGGCUAGUUAGUUUGUGGUGAGAGUCGCCACUCCCCCAAAAUCUUCUUUUUUCAUCGUGAGGUCAUCGUCUGAUCAGUUUUUCUCCGCCGUCCGUCUCUUGGCUGGUGCGUACGUGCUGUGAUAAGUAGUUGACCCUGCUGCUGUUUUCUGCUGAUGCUGCGACAAGGAGGAGAAUAAUAGCAGAUUAGUAGAUAUAGUCGGAAGAAACAGGGAGCUUUCAAUCAACUUUGUUAGAUUAUAAAAUUUAUUUACGUAACACUAACCAAAAAUGGCUACACGAAUGGGAGGACAGUCCAAGGAGUAUGACCACCUUUUCAAACUUCUAAUCAUCGGAGACAGUGGAGUUGGAAAGAGUGCCCUCCUUGUGAGAUUUGCUGACAAUGUUUUUUCUACAAACUACAUUACCACUAUCGGCGUGGACUUCAAAAUCAGAACUCUUGUCGUGAAUGGAGAGCGUGUGAAAUUGCAAAUUUGGGACACGGCCGGGCAGGAACGAUUCCGAACAAUCACGUCGACAUACUACCGUGGAACACAUGGGGUGAUCAUUGUUUACGAUGUGACCAAUGGAGAGUCCUUCGCCAAUGUGAAGCGCUGGCUGCAUGAAAUUGAACAAAAUUGCGAUUUGGUCAAUAAAGUCCUCGUUGGCAACAAGAAUGAUGACCCAUCAAAGAAAGUCGUGCUUACGUCAGAUGCACAACGAUACGCAGAUCAAAUGCAGAUCCAGUUGUUUGAGACCAGUGCGAAGGACAAUAUCAAUGUCGAGGAGAUGUUUAUGGCCAUCACCCAGCAAGUCUUGCACUCAAAAAAAAUGCAGCAAAGGUCAGACGAGCGCAGUAACGACCACACAGUUCAAUUAGGAGGCAAUCCUGGAGGCAAACCUCACAAGAAGAAACAAUGUUGCUAAUCAAUUUACCACCGGCUUACUUUCCAAAACUUCAAUAUUAUGCUUCCAUUACCUGUUAAAAAUUUCCAGUCUUCCGCUCGCCUGUAUUGUUUCGAUUCUUAGAACACAUAUUAUGCAUACACACUGAAUUAGAGUGAUUUAUUAUGAAUGCUGCACGCGCUGAAUGGAUAGGUAUAGUAGAUAUUUAUUAUUUGAACAGUCCAUCAAAUAAAUAUAUACCUCUAUUUUACAAUUUCCUAAUUUUUUAUGUUGUUCUGUUACCAAUUUUAUUUACUUAUUUCUGCUGUUAUAUACAUAUAUAUAUGCGAUCGUAAUUUUGCCUAUUAUUUUAACCCAUAUUGAUUUUAUCCCCCACUCAUAACGUUUUUUACUUAUAAUAUCUGUCCCACCAAGUCCGCUAAAAAUGAGUAAGCUUUAGUUACUCGGAGAUUUUAUUAAAUGAAAGGGAAAUAUUUAGAAGGAGCCGCUCCCCAGUAAAAUUGUUUCGAGAGGUGCAAUAUCUGGAAAAGACAUUUACUUUAAAUAACAUAACAUGACGAAAUGCAAAUAUGUAUGUUUAUUCAAAAGACAUGCAAACAUUUGUCCGUAUUAACCCGAAAUUUUAUAUUCAGUUCUGUGUGGCAUAACCCGGUUGCGCUACGCCAAAGAAAUUGGAGAAUUGCUCAGGCCACGAAGAAAUGAAUAUAAAAUAAUCUUAUUGACGCUAUUUAGUAACUUUAUUCCGCUGUAAGAUUAUAGUUAGUGAAAUUUUAUGCGCUGCUGUGCUCUUGUAAAGAAACUGAACGCUACUUGCUGCACAUUUUAAAUAUCUGCCUUCUUUAUUAUUAAAUAAAAAUCAGCAAAAAUGCACUUGAUAAUGAUGGAUCUAAUUACAAACUAAAGUAUUUUAUUCAAAAUUGUACUGACUGACCAGCAAAUUUUAUUUUCCUAUCAGGCUAAAAUUGGAGCCAAAAACUGAGUAUUUUCUUAACAGUAGUAUAUAAAAAAACUACUCAUUCCACGAAAAUUCAGCAGAUUCCAAAUUUUCCAGGAAUAAAAUAAUGUGGAAAUACAGUUAGUAGUCAUUUUUAUAGACAUCAGUUAUUGUUAUAAUUUUAUAGUUGAUAAUUAUAAUUAAAAACACGAUAAACAUGAAAUAUUACUAUGCAGAACUUGUCACAGACUGGACUUUUUGAGAUUGGUCGAGUAUAUAUCUAAUUAAAUAAUCAACAUAUUUAACAUGAGUUCAAGACUUGCUUGACAGAUUUAUUAAGACCACAUAAAAAAGAAAUAUUGUUACACAGAUUUUGUAUGAAAUUGUUAUUAGAAAUUGUUACCCUACAUACAAUAUGAGCAAGAGAUUGAUCUCGAUUUAUUUCGUGUCUAGUUGAAAAAAUGCCAAUCAAAGAAAUAAAAA